AUGGCGCUCGCCGCUGACGUCGUCGCCGGAUCAUUCGGCGAGCUGGCAGCUGCUGUCCAGGCGAUCGGCCUGCAGCGCCACCUGCCGACGAUCGCGAGCUGCGGGGUCAACCGCAUAGGCGAACUGCAGUCGGCGGCCAGCUCGCUCCUCGCUGCCGGCGUUCCGGCGCAGGACAUUGAGAUCCUGGUGACGAUACGGCCACCGCGGCUGCAGGACCAGGCGCCAGAGCCCUUGGUGGUGCCAGGCCGUCCGGACGCGCCGGUCCGUCGCCGCGAGGCGUCGGCAUCUCUCUCGGCCGCACUGGAGGCGGCGGUGCCGGCGAACAGGAAGAGGGCCCUCGACGCCCUCGACGCUGACGUUCUAGCGAGCUCAUCCAGGCGGCCGGUCGAGUCCAGGCUGAGGACAUGGCGCCGCCUCGCCGCAGGGAACCAUGGCCCAUCGACGUGGAACUCGUCAGAUGCCUGGCGGCCUCCUUCAAGGCCGGCGCCUACAGAUCGGCGCAAAACUACUUCGACGCCGCUGUGUGGUUCCAGGAGGCUUACCUCGCCGGUCUCGCCGCUCGUUAAAAAGGCGAUCCGGCGGUACGUCAGGUCGGCCACCAGAGGCCUGCCCGGCGCCAACCUGAAGGACGCCUUCCCACUCGACGCGGUCGGCGCAGCAGUGGCGCACCUCGACCUAGGCGCCUUCCGCUUCGAGGCCCCCGCCCACUUCGUCGACGUCCUCAUCGUCGCCACAUGGUUCAUGCUGCGCGAGAUUGAGAUUGUGGCGGCGAGGGUGUCUGACAUCCAGCUCUCUGAGCGGGAGGUCUGCCUCGCCGUGCCACUUCACAAGGUGGCCCAGGGCGGCGAGCGGGACCUCACUCGGCGGUCCCUUCGCUGCGUCUGCGAGGCCCGCGUCCACCCGCUGUGCCCCGCGCGGGCCGCCACCGCCCCGACGGCCCUCUUCCCCGGCCCCGACGGCGCCGGCUUCUCCAAGAAGGAGUUCUUCCAGGCGGCGGCCGGCGUCCUGGCCACGGCGGGCGUCGAGUGCUUCUUCGUCGACACGGCGGGCCGGAAGCGCCCCAGGUUUCAGGGGCACCUGGCCCGGGUCGCCGGGGCCACGUUCCUGGCGUUGGCAGCUGGUGCUGCCGCGGCGCUGCCGGCGAUCGUCGACCUGACUCACGACGAGGGACCCUCUGGCCCUCCAGUCGAGGCGAGCCAGCAGGAGGGCGGGGACGCGGCCGCUUCGUUAGCGGCGCCCCCUUCGCCGCAGUCGGACCUGCCCGGGAUCGUGUUCCUGGAGGCCCCCGACGUGGCGUCGGCGAUCCCGCCGGUCGAGGAGGAGAAUACCUUCAUCAUGCAUCGCCGAAAUCGGCGCUUGCACAGGCCAGACCCGCAUGAGUCCAGUAAGGCGCCUUCCCCGACGGAGGAGGUGGAGUCGCCGUCUGCGAACUCAGAGCCCUCGUCGUCCCAGGAGUCCAGAGGCGGCGAAUCUGAGUCGCACAUUGCCAGCGACGCUUCCCUGGACCUCGGGUCAACGGACGCCUCGCCCACGUCGCCUCGCCGCCUGCGCCGCCGGCGGCCGCCCCAGCGGCAGCAGGCCCGCCGCCCCCGGCGCCAGCUGCGGUGGUCUCGGCAUACGGCGUCGUCCACCCGGAGGCCGGUCGGCCUGCCCUGGAUGCCGUCGGGCCCGCCGCCGCCCACGCCGAUCCCUUCGGGGGCGCCGCCGGCCCCUGGCGUGGCCGCUGGGGUGGGCGCGACACCGACGCCCUUCACCAUGGGGCCCGACGCGGCGGUUUGGCAGAGUGGAGCCGUACCCACCUGGCCCGGCGCUGGUGCCGGCUCCGUGGGAGUACCCACGGCCCCCACCGCCGACGUCGUGGGCGCCGAGGUGGCCGGGAGGGCGGCCAUUCAGUCUGCAGCCGGCGUCGCCGGCGCCCGGCGCCUGCUGCCGUUCGACGACUUGGCCCGCCUGGCCGGCGCUGCUCCGCCGGUGGUUGCUUACCUCCGGGCCAGGGGCGUGGACAGGACCUCGACGCUGGCGCUGAUCGCAGCCACGCAGGAGGACCUGCGGCGCAUCCUCCUGCAGCCCUUCGUCGACGGCAUCGACGUCGACGGCACCCACCACAAGCUCGACGACCAGCACAAGGAGGUCGCCGCCGCCAUCGUCACCCACAUGUGGACAGAGGUGGAGGCCUACAGUCGCCUCUUGGACGGCGCCCGUCGGCGGUUUCCCACACAGACGCUCCUCGGCGCCGAGGAGGUGGGCCUGGAUCCUGGUCGAUCUGGGGCCGGAGGCGGCGGUCAACGCUUUCAUCGACUGGUUCUCGGCGAAGGCGCGGUCCAGGCCCCCAUGAUCGAGCAGGUCGUCGAUUUUUGGUCGGCGAUCGGCUGGACGCUGGCGAUGGACCUCCGCCUCGGCAAGUCCUUCGGCGAGGCGUCCAAGGCGAUUAUGGAGGACCACGCCCUCUUCUAUGAGGUCAUGGCGCGGCCGCCGAAACAGCUGCCUCGCCGCCCCAACCCUGACCACGCCGCCGUCGCCGAGACCACUGACGACGCGGAGCAGCCGACCAAAGGCGGCUCCUCCGGCCAGCGCCGCGACGACUGGGGCUCCUGGAACUCCUGGUCGAGCUCCGGCGGCCAGCAGUGGGGCAGAGAGGCGCAGGAAUCCCAGCCCAAGAAGGGCUCCGGCGCCAGGGGAAUCAUCAUCCUCUCGGCGUUCGACGGGGUGGGGGCGGCCCCUUGGCUCGUGUCGAAGGAGUUCGGCGAGCCCCUGUUGGCAAUGGCGUGGGAGACGGACCCAGUUUGCGUCGACCUCUCGACGAAACACAUGCCUUGGCUCCAGCACAGGGGCGACAUCAUCAAGGACUUCUCCCGGGUCGCCGCAGGCCGGGGCCACGACGGCGAUCGCGGCGGCCUCUUCUCCGUCGCCCUGGACUUCUACGACGACCUCGUCCAGGAGCUCCACGAGUUCACCGUCGUGUCCCUCUGGGAGAAUGUCGUCAUGAAGAAGUCCGACGCCGACGUGGUAUCCCAGCGGCUGCAGGUGCAGCCAGUCCUGGCCUGCGGGUCCGACUUCGGUUGGAUAUCCAGGCCCAGGCUGUGGUGGGCGACGAUCGACUGGUCCCAGUUCUCGACGCAUCCCCUCUCUGGGGAGGCGCUCCGCUGGUCCCUCAAGGAGGGCUGGCGCAAGCUCCGCAUCGGCGCCCAUAGAGCGGCGGAGGAUGACCUCAACGUCGGCUCCCUUCGCUUCGACGACGCCGUCAGGGCGGGUCGGGUUCUCCUACCUUGCGCCACGACGCCGGCGGAAGACGAGAACGGCCGCCCGGCCCCGAAGUCCUGCAGGGGCAGAGUGGCCGACGACGUCAGGGACCGUUGGCUCCGAUCGACGCCAAUUUGCGCCCUGGCACUACAGGCAGGAGGCGAUGAUGUCCGACGAAGCCGGGCGCCUCGUCGGUGCGCCACCGUCUCGUGGGGAACGGCUGGCACUGGCGCGUCCCGCCUCCUCUCCAUCCUCGUCGUGGCGGCGUCGCUCGGUCGGACAGAGGCGAGGAACCCACCAGUGGGGCCGCCUUCGUCGUCGACGCUGCAGUGGCUCCAGGCCCUCCGUGACUCCGCCCUCUGGCCUAUGGACCCCCCGCCCAGAGCCAGGCCCGCCGCCGUCGACGAGACCAUCUCGGAGGCCGAUCACUGGCGGAUGACUAUGGCGGCGAGGCACGCCCUGACGACGCCGCCAGCCCUGGAGCCCGCCCUAGAAUGGGUGCUCAAGGUGGCGAACAUGUGGCGCCACGACCUACGGCGCAUACGACGGGGAGUGGUCCAGGAGCUCAAGAUCAUGGUCGACGACAUGGAGGACACGACCAAGGAGUGGUUGGCGUGCCGCUGCUGCUCCACCUCCUCCCGGGACGCCGGCUACCCCGACGUGAAGUCCCUCGCCGACGACCUUGCCGACGGCUUCGACAUGCUCGGCGAGAUCAAGCCCGGGCCGGGUUGGAAGCCCAGAGACGACGACAGGUACUCCAACCCGGCCACCAUGCAGGAGCUCAGGUCGGCGAACCGGCGCUACCUGCUCAAGAGGCUUCCCACAGCCAGGCCCGGCGCCCACUCCGACGCCCUCCUGGCCGAGCUCGUCGAGGAGCGCCGUUUGGGCCGGGUCAUCGGCCCGGCCCGGGCCCCGGCGGACUGGCCGAUCAGGACCGUGGCACUGCCCCACAUCAAGGACAUGACGACGCUCGUCGAGCCGCCGGACCACGACAUCUUCGUCGCGGCGUCCUUCCCCAUCAUCCAGGUCGAUGAGAACGGCGACGAGAAGCUCCGACGAGGCAAGGACUGGCGGCGGUCAGGGCACAACAGCACGGUCAAGGCUACCGACGUCCCGACGCACCACUUCGUCGGUGACUUCGUCGACCUGGCGCGUCGCUUCGCGCAUCUGGGGGUCACGCCGUUGGUCCUGGGUCAUGACCUCCUCUCGGCGUACAGACAGUGGGCGGUUAAGCACCCGGCGCAUUCGGGAACCUUCUUGGCCACGGAGCACGGCGUGCUUUUGCGCCACCUCCUGCUCCUGGCGGUGGGGCACUAUGUCGACGACUUCAACGCCCUGGACUUCCCCGAGGCCGCCCAGGACGCCCACGACGCCUUCUCCGACGUCUUUUCCCUUCUGGGCCUCAAGACGAAGGCGUCCAAGGCGCUGUCGUCGGACCAGCUGGCGCCGCACGUCGCCCACCGCCUGGCUGGCAAGCUGGCCUUCCUCACGCAGGCCAUCUUCGGCGCCCUGGGGAAGGCCGCUCUCAAGCCCAUUUACGCCAGGUCGGCGGAUGCAGCGGCGGCCUCCGACGACAGACUGUCAGCGGGUCUUCGCGCGGCGCUGAUGGCGCUACCCGUCCUCUACGCCGACGCGUUCUUCCAGGAAGGCGACGUGGUGCACAAAGCAGGGUUUGUGCCACGGUCGGCGCAGGCGCGCCCGACGGACCGCUGGACCAACGGCUGGGGCUUUGUGCUGGUCAUCGACGACGAGGUCUUCUACAGCAGAGGCGUCGUCCCGGCGUGGUUCCUCCGGCGCUUCGCGUCGAGGAAGGCUUUCAUCUACGUCCUUGAGAUCGUCGCUCAACUCCUGCCGUUGCUGGCGUUCGGCGAACGUCUGCCCAGCUUCUGGACGGCGUACAUAGACAACGCCGCCGGGCAGUGGGCGCUCCUCAAGGGGUAUGGGAAGGACGACGCCGUCAACGGCGUCCUAUCCGCCUUCUGGGCCUCGGCGGCGCGUCAUUGCUGGUUCCCAGAGUUUGUCCGCGUUCCGUCGAAGGCCAAUGUCUCCGACGCUGUGUCCAGAGACGAUCUUCGCCAGGCUUCGGCGGAGGGCUGGUCCUUCCCGUCGACGACAUCCUGGACAUCCUCCUGCGUGCCGCCGACGACCUCGAGUUCGCCACCGACGAAGCGGCAUCGGCGCUCGCAUCGGUGUCUUCUGACUGGGUUUUCGGUGCCGGCGCGUAGCGGAGAAAGGGGGUGCGCCCCCCCGCGCCGUCCCCGGUUUUCGGCGGACUGGACUGCCUUGGCGCACGUCGCGCUUUGUCGCAAAACGACGUAUGUCCGUCCAGCCUUCAUUUUGGGUUUAGUUAGGAGCGGCGCUUGUCGUGUAGCACUAUUCAUGUGCGUUAGGACAAGCAUGCGACGAACGACGCAGCCGUUCGUUGCAAGCCGCCUGAUUUCAGCUCCCACCCUCUUCCACCCUGGCGCCAGCCGCCCCCCGGGGGCGUCGGGCGGGUGCAGAAUGCGCCCCCCCCGCGCCGUCCCCGGUUUUCGGCGGACUGGACUGCCUUGGCGCACGUCGCGCUUUGUCGCAAAACGACGUAUGUCCGUCCAGCCUUCAUUUUGGGUUUAG